AUGGCGAACCCAAAGCUUGUUACAGUUUUUGGUGCAACAGGCAACCAAGGCGGCGCUGUUGUGCAGUCACUUCUCCGCAAUAGCGCGGAUUUCCGUGUCCGAGGAAUCACCCGCAGCCCAGAUUCGGAAAAGUCGAAGGAACUGGCUAAAGCUGGCGUCGAGGUUGUUAAAGCAGAUGGCUUUAAGAAGGAGGAGUUGGUAAAUGCAUUUAGAGAUAGCUGGGCAAUCUUUGCCAAUACCAACUCUGAUGAUCCGACAUUUGACGAUCCAAAUGGGCCUACAGAGCUGGAUCUUGGUCGUAUCAUCGUUGAUGCAGCAAAUGAAGUUGGCGUGGAGCAUUUCGUGUAUAGCUCGGCGGGCUGUGUGAGUGAAAUUACAAACGGAGAGGUGAAGCUGGAUAUGAUGGACCACAAGAACAAAAUCGAGCAGCAUGCCCGCAAUAGUCCUAAUAUCAAGAAUGUAACAGCCAUAAAUGCAGGCUGGUAUUUCGAAAACUUCAUGUCACCAUUCAUUGCGGAGGUGAUGGGCGGAUUUCCCUUCGAGACUGAUUCGGAAGGUUAUGUCACUCUCUCUCAACCCUCGCCCGGUGGUGUAGGUCUUGUCCCAUUCAUUGCGAUCGAGGAGGAUUACGGGGAUCUUGUUCACGGUGUUUUGAUCGACCCAGACACCUGGAGUGGGAAAGUUAUUCAAGCAAUCAGUGAACUAGCGACCUUCCCAGAAAUUACCGAGGCAUUCACAAAAGUUACGAGCAAAAAGUCCCGAUAUGUUCCGAUCAAUUUAGAGAAGUUCCCCAUCAUGGAAGGCAUACGGGCUUUGGAAAGUAUUAAGAAUAUGUUUGCUUUCACUCAAUUGGUUGAUGGUCGAUAUUUCUCAAAUAUGGACUUUGAUGUUGAGCAGGCGAAGGCGCUAAAGCAGGUUGUACAAAAAGCACUGGCUGUCAGGGAGCCAAAGCCAUUAAUGACCUCAGAACAAUUCUUUACAAAGAUGUUCAGUCGGGAAAAGGCCGAGUAA